UCUUCAGUAUGAGAUGUACACGAUCGAGAGGAAUGCUGAAAGGACAGCGUCUGCGGGCAGGCUGCUCUAUGACAUGUUUGUGAAUUUUCCUGACCAACCUGCUGUGUGGAGGGAGAUUAGCGUUAUUACGUCAGCAUUAAGGAAUGACUCGGAGGACAAGCAGACGCAGUUUUUAAGAGGACUAUUUGAAACCCUUCCUGGUCGGAUCCAAUGUGAAAUGUUACUGAAAGCCACGGAGCAGUGUUUUAACACAAUUGAAAGGGCAGAAAUGCUGCUGCUACUGCUGCGACGUUUCCCAGAGACUGUGGUGCAACAUGGGGUAGGCCUUGGAGAAACGCUGUUAGACGCUGAAAGUAUUGAAGAGCAAGAAUCCCCGGUGAAUUGUUUUAGAAAGUUAUUUGUUUGUGACGUUCUUCCUCUAAUAAUUAACAACCCCGAUGUUCGACUUCCUGCCAGCUUGUUAUAUAAAUACCUGAAUAAAGCAGCUGAAUUUUAUAUUAACUAUGUAACUAGAUCUACACAGACAGAAAGCCAGUAUCAAGGUUCCCAAGAUUCCUCUGAUAUUAUGUCUCCAAGCAAGCGUAACUCUCAGAAAUAUGUAAUAGAUGGUCUCACAGAGAAAUCAUCCCAGAUUACAGAUCCUUGGGAGAGGCUGUUUAAAAUACUGUCUGUGGUGGGAAUGAGGUGUGAAUGGCAAAUGGAUAAGGGAAGAAGAAGUUUCGGUGAUAUUUUGCAUCGAAUGAAAGACCUCUGCCGGUACAUCAGUAACUUUGAUAGUGACGCGCAUGCUAAAUACAAGAAUCAAGUAGUGUAUUCCACGAUGUUGGUCUUCUUUAAAAACGCAUUCCAGUACGUCAGCAACAUCCAGCCAUCGCUCUUUCAAGGUCCAAAUGCUCCAAACCGAGCCCCACUGGUUCUUCUUGAGGAUGUGACCAACGUCUAUGGCGAUACAGAUAUUGAUCGUAGCAAACACGUACACAAAAAGAGGAAACUUGCAGAGGGAAGAGAAAAAACAAUGAGCUCAGAUGAUGAGGAUCCUUCUGGGAAGGCGCGAAGUCGCCAUAUUGCAGUAAACAAGGCAGAUCUUGCAAACUCUAUGGAAGUACUGGAGAGCUUUAAACUGGCAAGAGAGAGCUGGGAGCUGCUGUAUUCGCUGGAAUCACUCGACAAAGAGUUCACCAGAAUUUGUUUGUCAUGGAAGACAGACACCUGGCUUUGGCUAAGAAUCUUUCUUACAGACAUGAUCAUCUACCAGGUAAAAACGACACCAUUACUUUGUUCUUCUUUCUAG